AUGCAGCAGGCUGACCCAUCUCAACAGCAACAGGCUAGUGGCUCCAGUAACGCUCCACCGGAUCGUAAUGGACGCAUCUUGCCUCUGAGCCAAUCGGACAGGUCAAAAUUGCGCUCCGGCGUAGCUUUGGUUUCGCCAGCCAAUGCGGUGGAGGAGCUGGUUCAAAAUGCUUUGGACGCGGGAGCCAGCCAAAUCCUGGUCAAAGUGGACCUGGCGUGUUUUAAAAUCAGAGUUUUUGAUGAUGGCCGAGGCAUCCCUGGGAAGGACUUGUCCAUCAUUGCCUCCAGAUAUCACACUAGUAAAUGUCACGGGAGGUUUGAUCUCGAACGAGGACUGAAAUAUUUUGGCUAUCGCGGUGAGGCCUUGGCUAGUUUUCGCGAUAUGUCCGCCUUGCUUCAAAUCGUGUCCAAGUAUCAAGAUGGGCCCACACUUGUUGCCAACUUUGUCAAAGGAAAACGAAAGAUGGUAGAGCCAUAUUUUCGACCUCAAAAGUCUUCCGGGACCAUUGUUUCAGUCAUGGAUUUCAUGUAUAACAUGCCAGUCAGACGUAACUUAAUAUCAGGAUCCAUUGACUUGGAGGAUAUCCGGUUGACAAUGGUUGGAUUGGCUCUAAGUCACCCUCGAGUCCAGUUGACGCUUGAAAAUGAGGUCGGGGGUCAGAUAAUCUUUGACACUCCUCCCAAGACUUGUUUAGUGUCCAAGUUCACGGAUAUUCUUGGAAGAAAGUGGUCCGAAUCUCUCAAAGAGAUCCAAGUUAAAAAACAUGCAAACUGCAACUCACAAAUGAUCAAGUUAUCCGGAAUCAUUGGCACCGAAGGUGCCUUAAGCAAAUCAAAACAGUUCCUGUUUGUCAACCGACGACUUUUAAAAAAGACCACCCUACAUAAGAUCGUGAACCAAAUAUUUAAGAAGAGUGUCAUGUGUCGACCCAACUUGGCCUCCAAAAUUUCAAAGAGCCCUCGAAAGCGCCAUCUCGACAGUCCGGCUAGAAGUUCUCUUCCACUCCAUGGAGUCUUCUGCUUGUUCUUGGAUGUUCCUCAAGACUCUUACGACAUCACUUUGGAGCCUCAGAAGACCAGCAUUGAGUUUAAGGAUUGGGAUCCCAUUCAAAAUUUCAUUCAAAGCGAACUGCUCCAAUUCUUUCGAUCUCAAUUUCUCAUGCCUUUGGAUUCGUUAAUCCAAAACCGAGAUCCAACUGUGACAUCAAAUUGUCAACCUUCGAUCGACUUCAACAUUUCGGGAAUCGACUUCUUGAACUCCCAGAUUCAAUCCGUGACGUCUGAAGAGUCACCAAAAAUUCCCGAUGAUGGUUCAAACGAUUCAGAGGAAGAACCAUCUGAUGGUGAAAAAGAUUUGGAACAAAAUGAGCCAAUGGAUAUUUCUGAGAAACCGUUCCCUCCAUUCGGAUCAAGUCUCGUCAAUGCCAGGCAUAGCUUUCCAGUGAAGAAGUCGAAAACGGAUCAUGCAUUCAAGACCCCGAAAAAGAUCGAUCAACCAUCCAUUAGCCAAGAGCUGGACGAUUUGCCAAUUUGUCGAUCCCGCAUUCUUCCAGUUGGGAAAACACCAUUUUUGAAGAAAACGAGAAGAAAAUCCGCUGAAAAAGUCCCAGAGUGCUCAUCGAUAAUGGCAUGCAAAUGGAGCAGUGAGGCAGAAAGGAUCUCUGAUAUGAAAAGUGGCCCCAAAAGUGACAUUCACCAAGUCUUGGAACGAUGGAGGAACCCCCAGUUUGUAUUCCAAAGCGAAAUUAUCCCAGUGGCUCAGAAAGCAAGGCUGGCUUUGCCGACGCAAUCAUUUCGAUUUGAACGUUCCAUGUUUGAAUCACUAACUGUUUUGGGACAAGUGGAUAAGAAAUUUAUUGCGGGCACCAUUUUCGAUGAAAAUGACGCCUCUACCAAACUGAUCCUCUAUGAUCAGCAUGCGGUUCAUGAACGAAUUCGAUUAGAGAUGAUCCUAUCAGAUCAAUAUCCGGAUAAAGCCACCGUGCUCUCCGAGGAUUUGUCUGAGCCAAUCCAAUUGGCCCUAGGUGAGGAAGAGCGGAGAAUUCUCCACAGUCUACCGAAUCCAUUGCGUAAAUUCGGCCUUCAAGUCGAGAUCCCAAUUGAAGAAGUGGCACACGUGCGUGUGCUAAGCGCUCCCAAAUGCUUCCUUAAGCGAGAAGCCAACGAACUGCGAAACCGCCGGCCUUCUCCCCUGAAAGAUCUAAUCGCCAUGUUGUUGAAGGACAUUGCUUUGACAGGAAGAACCAAUCCUGGGUCUUUGAAUAUGCUCCCGAAGACCAUACACAAUGUUUUUUGCUCCCAAGCUUGUCGAUCUGCCAUCAAAUUUGGUCAGUCCUUGACAUUAGAAGAUUGUCAACGCCUACUCCAGGGACUGAAGACUUGUCAAGUUCCAUUUCAAUGUGCUCAUGGUCGGCCGAGCUUUUCAAUAUUAAUGGAUCUCUCACAAUUGUCCCAAUUGGACGUGGUUCCAAACAAGAAAAUCAAUAUGUCAAAGCUGCAUGCGCUCAUGCACGAUUUCAGCGAUAACAAAGGACAAGAAUAAAGAAAGGCCGUGGCCUAGGAAAGUUA